AUGGAUACAUCAACUGUGCUAGAGAAAUACACGCAAGAUCUUUCUAACUUGCCAUUGGAAAUACGACAUCUCCUAGAAGAGAUCAAGAACAAAGAUAUGCAAGCAGCAGAACUUCGGAAGCAAUGCCAAUCCAAAGACAACCAGAUUCACAAGUUUAUCAGGGCAAAUGGCACUCUUACCAAACAUCCCAAGGAACAGCAGUUGAAUAGCAAAAUAGAAGAGGAUAUGAAACACCUCAAAAAGAUACAAAAAGAAAAGAUUUUACUUGCAAACACGGCGCUUUUUCUAGUUUCAAAGCAUUUGUUCAACUUUGAAACGGAUAUUACCAAACUAGAGCGAGAUGAGCUUUUGCCACCGCUAGAAAUACCGGUCGAUUUACAAACUAUGUCCAAGAAUGAAUAUUCAAACGCACUAAAUGGUCUCUCCGAUACUUUAUCGGCGACUCCAACAUCGAGAAAUGCAUUAUCAGUUACUCCUGCUGUGGAACCAGUCAAGAAAGGACAAAAGAGAAAAGCUGUCACAAAGGGCGUAGUAUCAGUCGCAUCAACGCCCACUGCUCCCUCGAACAAGAUGAAUAAAAAGUUGAAAUCAGAGGAAGUCGAAGACACCCUUGGGUAUGAGACUGGAUCUCUUGCGCUCAGUGGGUCGACAGCAGAUAUGCCUACCAAUGUCGAUGGCCCUCAAGGCGACGAUGCUGACAACAAUCUUUAUUCAGCUGAUGCAGUUGUAGCUGCUGCCGCAGCCGCUGAUACUGCUACUACUGCCGCCAACGCAGCUGCUAACACGGCCACUACUGCUACAACUGCUGCAGCAAACACAGCAACAACUAACACAGCUACGACCGGUGCCACUACAACAGGUGCCGCUACGACCGGAACUACUGCAGCCGGUGCAACCACGGGUACAGCUACUGGAACAGCCACCACAGGUACAGCUACUACCGGGGCUGCUACUACUGCUGCAACUGAUACUGCUACUACAGGCACUGCUACUACAGGUACUGCUACUACAGGUACUGCUACUACAGGCACAGCCACCACGGGUACUGCUACCACAGGUACUGCUACCACGGGUACAGCUGCUACCACGGCAGGCGCCGCUACUACAGACACAGCUGCUACUACGGCAGGCGCCGCUACUACAGACACAGCUGCUACGGCAAAAUCAAGUGCAGCAGCUACUACUACUGCUGCUGACACUUCGAAUGAAACUACCGGAGUUGAUGACACUACCAAAAGUCUUUCUUUUGUUACAACACGAGUCUUGAGAUCUACCUCAUCAAGUGGAAACCAAGACUCGUCUACUGGAUCAAGCGGAGGAAGCAGCCAAUCUGGAAAUGGUGGAGCACUUCUUGCAACUAGUCCAGUAUUGGCUUUUUUAUGUGGACCUAUUAGAGUUGGUCCUAGAGUCUGCUAUUUUAAGGGCCUUCGACCUAUAUCAUCACCUGCUUCUUAUGACUAUAUUAAAGACUAUGAGUCCCUCCAUAAGAAGAUCAAAGCAUCCAUCUCAAAAAACCCUUCCAGCGAAGAGAUUGUCAGUGCAAUUUCCUCAAUAAAAAACUUCCAGUCCGAAUAUCCAAUACAAGACCAACUUAAUUCAACCUCCAUAUUGACACGCCAUUCGGAAACUAUAAUACAUGAAGUUUUUUCCAAUAAGGAGAUAGAAUUCACUCCGCAACUAUUGAAACAACUUUUCCUUUUAAAUCUACCAACAGCGUUGAAUAUCAAGCUCAUCAAUGAGUACUACAGGUUUAAUCCAAAGCUGACGACUAUUAUAGAGAAACUGAUUGCUCUUAUUCCGCUUCGAAAUGCGUUGUAUAAUGCCGACUUUCAGCGGGCGGUCAAAAUCUCUGAUGUUACUGUUGGACACCCAAACUACAUCGCCCAUCAAGGCAGUAUUAUCAGAAGCGGAAUAGUUAAGCUUGUGUCAACAGCUGCAGCGGUAACAAUUUUCACAAAAUUUGGCGUGACGUCUUUGAUUGAUGCUGGGACUUUGCCUGCAUCAUGGGACCAUUUGGGUGCAAUCAAUUCUAUUCUAUUGACAUACAUAAUAAACUCGAGCUUUUUUGUAACUAUUGUCAAAUUUGGACGACAGCUCAUUAGUUCCGGAGGUGAUUACUUGACUUGGCAACGAGGAACAUUUUACUCACAUUGGUUUAAGCACGCAGACGAAAUGUUAUUUAAUUCAAAGAUUGUAGAGGCCGAUAGGGACUUGAACAACGGAGAGUCAAACCCCGACAUUACAGAUGAAAUAUGCCGGCCUGCACCAGAAAUCCGAAGCAAUAUGGAUACAUUGAACCCUGGCUACGAUCGCGAGGGCCACAAAAUACGAUUGAUGCAACUCAAGGAUGACUUGGAGAAACUUAAAUUUCAAGCUUAUUGGAUGACUGGUGGGGAUGGUUUCGAAUGGGUGGAACCCGACCAGGAUCCAGCAGAAAUACAAUGGAGAGACCAUUUAGAGAAAUACAAUAAGCCAGCUUUGGACAGGGCCGAUAAAGAUGCAUUGAGAUGGGCAGACGAUUUGAUCAAAGAGAGCUAG